AGAGCAUGCAGGGCGGGAGUAUUGCUCUGCUGUUCCUCCUCUUCCUUCCUGAAGUGAACAACUGCCCAAAUAUGUAGAGGAACAAACAGAGCAUGGCCUGUAAUGUUCUGGACCUUUGACACACCGGACCAGGAAAUAUCAUCCUACACGGCAAAGAUUGUUUGCACAUGCUGGUGUAAAGCAUGUCCCUGUGGCGAUACCUGACACUGCUCCUGCCGAUAACUGUUCAAAUAUGCAAAGCUGAGAGAUGUGAAGAGUUUACAGAUCUAGAUCUCGCUCACGCCAUCAUUGGAACCAGCCUCAGAGUUAGGUUGCUCCUGUACACUAGGGAUAAUGUCACCUGCGGCACGCUUGUGUCCCACACCGACCCGUCCGCCCUUCCCCAGUUCAACUCAUCCAGACCGACCACCUUCGUCAUUCAUGGUUACCGGCCUACGGGGUCUCCACCGGUGUGGGUGCUUUCUAUCACGAAGAAGCUGCUGGCCAGGGAGGACGUUAAUGUCAUAGUGGUGGACUGGAAUCACGGAGCUGCUAAUGUGAACUAUUUCAAGGCAGUGGAGAACACACGCAAGGCGGCCGACAACCUCACUACUUUCCUUGAGAUGAUGCAGGAAUACGGUCACUCUCUGAGCUCCAUCCACAUGAUCGGAGUCAGUCUUGGGGCUCAUAUAUCAGGAUUCGUAGGUGCUAACCUGAAUGGGUCAAUUGGAAGAAUUACAGCUCUGGAUGCAGCUGGGCCUCAGUUCACCGGCACUCCUCCAGAGGACCGGCUGGACCCCACAGACGCCCGGUUUGUAGAUGUCCUGCACACAGACAUAGAUGCUCUGGGCUUCAGGGAACCUCUGGGUCACAUUGACUUCUAUGCUAAUGGUGGAACAGACCAGCCCGGCUGCCCAAAGACCAUCUUAUCUGGCGGAUCCUAUUUUAAAUGUGACCACCAGAGAUCAGUGUUGCUGUACCUCGACUCUUUGGAUGGGAUGUGUGCCAGUAGGGCCUUCCCCUGCUCCUCUUACAAGGACUUUCUGGAUGGGAACUGCUUGAACUGUGAUCGCUUUGGUGCUGCUGGAUGUCCUGACUUUGGUUAUGGUGUCACAAAGUGGAGAGAUGUCCUGCUGAGGCUCGGCCAAACUAAAACUUACUUCACCACAAAUACAGCCUCUCCGUUCUGCAGGACAAACUACAGGGUGGAGGUGAUGAUAUGGAACGCGGAUGUACGCUGGGGAUACAUCACCAUUAAACUCCACGGUAACGGUAAAGAAGCAGUGGCGACCAUCGACCAUAAAGCAGCAAUGUUCAAGAAGUACACAGAGACCAGGUUGUUAGCCCAGUUUGACGAAGACCUUAAGUCAGUGAGAAAGGUGUCUCUCAAAUUCUCCACUGGGAAUGUAUUCAAGCCCAAAUAUAAGCUCCGGGUUCUCCGAAUCCGCCUCACACAUCUGGAACGCAAGGAGAGGCCUUUCUGUCGAUACGACAUCCUCCUGGAGGAGAACAAAGAGGUCACCUUCAGGCCAAUUCCCUGUGAAGAAUCCAACUUCUGAGACUAAAAUUGGACAUUGUGUCAAAAAUUUCAAACAUAUCAUAACAUCGUACUGGAAGCGAUGCAGCCGACUCUUCAGUCCCUCCAGGAUUGUACAAGGAAACAAUGAGGACUGCAAUAACAACAUAAGUACUAAGCUGGCUGCGAUGUGGUCAUCUGUGAUCUGAAAAUGAUAUACUAUAUGAUGUAAAUGUGUUUUUAAGAGAAAAUAUAUGUUUUUUUAAAGAAACAAUUGGCUCAAAAUGGGAAUUUAUUUGCCUUCAGUUGUGAAUUGGACUUUUCCUUCGUGUAGUUGAAAAUUCAUCUCAAAAUGACUUAUGAUGAAGUUAUCUCAGUAAUGGACUUUGUGACAGCAACAACAAAAUCGAGGCAGGUUUUAAAAGACGAGUGGACAUUAUUUUUCUGUAAAUCACACCAGUAAUGUCACUAUUUGCUUGGGUCGCAAUUUAGUAAGACUGAGAGAGACAAAUGAACUGAUGAUGAUCAGUCAAACAUAUUCCAGACCAAAAUUAUUAUUUUGUAGAAUCAAAUGUUUCUCAUUUAGACUAAAAAGUAACAAGUAUUAACAAUUAUUGUCAUUAAACAAAAUCAUUGACCCCUGACUUUCUCUCCAUAAAAAGUGCUGGA